GGCCCGAAGCGAACAAACGUUGAUGACGUUUCCGCGUUCGAAUUUUGAAAGUUUAGUUUUUUCGCGACUUUGUUUAAAACCAGAACGUCGACCAUAGACAACAAAUAAUAAAAACCGCGGAAGAGUUUUUAUACCAAAUAAUUACGAUCGAAAUUGCUGUGUAUUGUGUGAUAAAAGGAGUUUGUUUAAAAGUGAUUUUGUGAGGUGAAAUCUAAAUCAGAAUGUCGACCCUGCUGUUCUGGCAGGGAAAAGGCAAGUCAAAUGGUGCCCCCAAUGGCAGGAACUGGAUUCACGCACCGGACGCCCUUGUCAAAGGCCAUGUGGCGUAUCUAGUUAAGUUUCUCGGAUGCACGCAAGUAGAUCAGCCCAAAGGUAUCGAGGUGGUGAAGGAUGCCAUCAAAAAGCUACAGUUCACGCAGCAGCUGAAGAAAUCGGAGACGAAAGACGCAGCCAAAUGCAAGAAGGUGGAGAUUACAGUCUCCGUGGAUGGAGUUGCUAUUCAGGAGCCUCGAACCAACAAUGUUCUACACCAGUUCCCGUUGCACAGGAUAUCUUACUGCGCAGACGACAAGGGUGCCAAAAAGUACUUCUCCUUUAUUGCUAAAGGUAGCAGCCCUGUGAACGGAAUGAACGGGCACGACAGCGGCGCGGAGAAACAUGAAUGUUUUGUAUUUAUAUCCACCAAGCUGGCGGCGGAAAUAACCCUUACCAUCGGCCAAGCGUUCGAUCUCGCAUACAGGCGAUUCCUGAACGACAAUGGCAAAUACAUCGAGAUACAGAAGUUAACAUUACAGAACAAGAAACUCGAGUUACAAAUGAAUCUCUACAAGAAUCGUCUACAGGAGUUGUCAAAAAUAACAUACAAAGACGAUCUGUCGGCGUACUUAUCUCGCAACAACAUAACCGAUAUCACAGACUUCAAGCCGCCACAAGAGCUAGAGACACAGAUCUCAUCUCUCACUCUAGCCAACGGCUUCGGCGCUGUCAACGGGAGCAAGACGAACGAUUGUGGUGGUGAUGCGAUGUCGAAUAAUUCAAGCGACACGUUCAACUCGAGUAACGACAAUAAUCUGCUGCUGUCCACUCCACCGCCGACGUACAACGGAAAAACAGGAAAACACUUUGGCGAGUUGUCAACGAACAAGAAUCCCUCUGUGGGGACGAAACUUGAAGGACUUCUAAUGAACUCCGAUUCUGAUAGUGAUUUUGAUCCUCGCGCGUUUGAAACGGAGCCAACCAAUCGAGUUACGUCGACCUCGAUCGAGAACCCCCUCACCCCGCCACCGCCGCUGCUUGCCCCGCCGCCAAAAACCGCAAAGCGCCACAACACACCGACUCAACAACAAAACACCCAGAUAAACAACGACAUAUUCGGCUCGACGCCAUUUUCUAUUCCGAGUGGAAUUCCCGCGCAAAACCAACCCAUACAAGCUGUCAACGCCAAACCGAACUAUGACAUUAGCGACUUCAACCUCCAAACGUCAGUCUUCAACUCGUCAAAUGGAAUGAACGGAAUGAAUGGAUACGACCCGUUUGACACGCAGAAGGCGAAUAAUAUAUUUGGGAAUGGCUUCGGGAAUAACUUCAACGGUUUUGGCAACUUAAGCGAGAAGCCAGCUGUUGUGUUGGACAGCGGUUUCAACGGGUUCCUAGACAAAACCAUUUCGGAUAUGAAGGACGGCUUCAGUAGAGGGAUCAGCUUUGGAAACGAAGAUUUUUCAAUAGAUAACCUAGAUCCCCUAAAGAAAAACUGAGUGUUAUUAUAUUUACUAGUGAAAUAUAUUCCUCCGAACAAUUCACGCAAUUUAGUUCACGAGAAAUAUAGUAAGACAUUAAGAAUAUGAAUUAUCGAAUAGAUGUAAGCGUUGCGCGAAAUGUUCAGACGAUAGAGUGUUGCCAUUGUAUUGGUUACAAAUUCUCCGUGAUAAUAGGUAGUUUUUGGUAGAAUAUUGUCUUUUAUAUUACAACACAUUUAUCUACGUACAAUAAUAAUUUAAUAGCUUAAAGAAUUCUCGGAACCGUCAAUUCGGUGUCAUUGUUAAGUAUUUGUAAAACAUGAUUGACAAUAAAAUUCAAUUUUGUCUAACACCGAACUGUGUUAAGAGUAUUCACAAUAUUAUCUCAUUAUUUAUUUUUUUAUUGGCUGAUAGAUAAUUUAUUUCUUUAAAUUAAAUAUUUUGUGAAGCCAAUUAAACGAAUAUAAUAUGUCAAUUGUUAUGCAUCAAUAUGUCAUAUGUUAACUUUGACCAUAAUAACUGUGAAUAAGUUAAAUUGCAUUAAUUUAACAACACAAAAUUAAAGUCCAGAAUGCACGUUACGCCUUCACUUUACGAAAUACUGGAAUCCAGAAAAUGAAGAAGCGUUAUUUGUAAAGCUUUCGGUGUGAUUAACUAGUAUAUUGAAUUGAAUACAAUUUUAAAAAAUCAGUCAUGUAUUGACAGCAGCAAUUGAUCGUUUCGAGGGUUCUUAAGGCGCUCAAUGUCAUUCCAAGUGCCUUUAGGAGACAAUAAAACUUUCGAUAUUUACAGAAAAUACUAGAACGUAAGUAUUAGAUGUAGGGACCAAAAUUUUUGAUAGAUUUGAAGUUCGUCAUAUAUUCUGUGAUAAUUAUUUGCAAUUUGGGGAGCUUCACGUCAAUGUAUUAGCUCAAUUGAGACCUUGUAUAUAAUAAAGAGAAUUUUUAUAUCUCGAAUAGUAGUGGUAUGUAAUAAAAAAACUAUACUUUUAAAUUAUUGUAAGUGCAAGGAGCCCUUUAUAACAUUCCAUGUAAUUUUUAUAAUAAUGAGUAUUUUAAUAUAUAGAUAUUAGGUUACGCCUGUUGUAUUUCUGAUUAAUGAAAUAUUGUAACUAAUUUUAUUUUUAAGCCAAAAGAUACAUAAUGCGUAUUUUGAAAAUAAAAAUUUAUGUUAUUAUA